AUGUCGAGAAACGUCUUCAGCCAGAUCUUUUAUGGAACCGUUAUUCAUUCCACAAGCUUGGAUGAAAUUACCAUCCUCGAAAAUGCCUUGCUAGUCGUUGACGACUAUGGUACCAUCGUCGCCCUCGAAGCAAACGUGCAGAGCGAAAAAGUGCCCGAAAGACUGAAAGCGCUCAGUGCUUUCGGAAUCAGCUUCACAACGUUGCAGAAAGGGCAGUUUAUCAUGCCAGGCUUCGUCGACACGCACAACCAUGCGCCGCAGUGGCUCCAUCGAGGGCAGGGACAGGGACUCCAGAUUCUGGAAUGGCUUAACCAGGUUGCCUUUCAUAAUGAGUCCCUAUUCAAAGACGCCAAUCAUGCCAAGAGAGUGUAUCGCAUGGUUGUCAAGGGUAUGCUACGUCAAGGCGUCACCACCGCGAGCUACUAUGGCUCCCUUCACGGCGAGGCCACCAAGAUUCUCGCCGACGUGUGUUUGGAGCACGGCCAGCGGGCGCUGGUAGGAAAGUGCAACAUGGCUCGUAACGCUCCAGAUUUUUACGUCGAUGCCAGCGUUGAGGAAUCGCUCCAGGUGACGCGCGACUGCAUACAUCACAUCCAGUGCCUCGACCCGAAAGGCGAGCUCCUCCGCCACGUCCUGACGCCACGCUUCGCCAUCUGCUGCGACGAGUCCCUGCUAACCGGCCUGGGCGCCAUCGCCGCCGAGCAUCCGACCAUGGCCAUCCAGACGCACUUUGACGAGUCUGAGCAGGAGAAGACCUUCACGCUGUCCCUGUUCCCACAGUUCACCAAUGAAGCCGACCUGUACGAAUACUUCAGCCUCCUCGGCCCGCGCUCCAUUCUCGCCCACUGCACAAUCAUGACCCCCUACGAGACGCAGCGGCUGCAGGACCUCGGCUGCGGCGUCGCGCACUGCCCGACUGCCAACAUGACGGUCGGCGGCGGCUUCAUGGCCGCGCGCAUCAAAGACCUGCUGCGCCGCGGCGUCAAGGUCGGCCUUGGCACCGACUCAGGCGGCGGCUACUCCGUCUCCAUGCUCAACGCGAUGCGCCACGCGCUGGUCAACUCAUUUGCGCGCGACUUUUUAGACGCCCGCGACGGGACCGCGGCGGUCACGAUGGAGGAGGCCUUUCACAUGGCGACAGUGGGCGGCGCGCGCGUCGUCGGCUUUGGCGACGAGGUGGGCAACUUCCAGGUCGGGAAGCAGUUUGACGCGCUACUGGUCGAUGUGAGCGCCGCCAGAGGUGGCAUCACCGCACCGCUCGAGGAAGUUGAUUCACUGCGCACGAUGCUGGAAAAGUUUAUCAUGACGGGCGAUGAUCGAAACAUAGUGCAGGUCUAUGUUAGGGGUCGGCUUGUCCAUGGCUGCUAA